GUCUGAAUGCUGCCAAUGCCUUCCUUCAAUCUUCAACAGCUUUGAAGACCUUCCAGACAUUGCAGAAAUCUAUUAAUGUUGUCAGUCUUGGGAACACUGCUACCAUGCUAAGUGGAGCCCAUGGAAAUCUGAGACUUUCAACUAGUGGAGCCCCUCUGACAGGAGACAUGUCCACAGUGUCUAGAAAUUCACUUAUUGGUAAAGCUUCCAUAGUAUGUCAGGUGUCAUCAUCAUCACAGCUAGCCUCACAACUAACAUCACAUAGUGGAAUUCAGGCUUUCAACUUUAUUCCAUCUACAUCUUCAUCAACUCCAGUCUUACAAGAUGCAAGACUUACCAGUCUUCAAGCCCACCCUCCUCAUAGUUUAGCCCCUCCUGUAAAAAACCCCAGCAUAACUGGUCAGCCAGAUGACCUGUACAGAUGCCACAUGUGUGUUUUGCUGUUUCAAACCAUGAAUCAACUCAAGCACCAUAUCAAGAAUGACCCUCAUCGGUUUAAAGGUUGUCUUAAGCAGUAUGCCUGUGUCCAGUGCAGCAUGAGGUUCUCAAACAAGACAAAUUUGAUUCGACAUAAUCUCAUGAACCACCAAGAGGAUGAAAGUAAGUAUGGAAUGUAAGGUUUAUCUUGUAGGACAGCAUGAAUCUUUUCAUUUAUUUUUGUAAAUUUGUUUAUGUGGCAAAUGUUAUGUAUUCGUGUACAAACACAACAUAUAUUUCUUUAGAAUUGUCCUCUGUUAAAAAUGUAAACAUUACAGAUAUGUAAUGGUUAAAAUUUUUGAAUUUCAAUUUUAUUUAAAACUUAAUGUUUAAACAUCAUGAAACUCCCCACAAAGAAUGUCCAAUUAAGUCAUGAUUUAAAGAUACUGGUAACUCGGAAAUGAGUGGGGGAAAAAAGUAUGGGAAAACCUGAAAAAAGGCUGCAACUGAUACACAUUGGUAACUUGAGAAUGUUACUAUAAUUAAAAUUAGGUUUCCUGCUGUUUUACACAGCAUUUAGAUGCAGGCUGCAUUUGUAGUUGCAAUUUAUGUAAACAGUACUUUUUUAAAUGAAAAUAAAUAAAAUUUGUGUAAAAUCUGCGUAAGUAACACCAGUUGUAGAGUUGGUAAAUGGUCUUUUUCAGCUAAUUUUGAAAUAAAUAUGUGGUAUAAAAGCGUAUGAGUCAUUGGAGUAAUAUAAUUCAGGUGCAUGAAAAAAAUGUGCCGUUGGGAGAGGGAGCACUAAUUGGGAGAGGGAGCACUAAUUGGGAGAGGGAGCACUAAUUGGGAGAGGGAGCACUAAUUGGGAGAGGGAGCACUAAUUGGGAGAGGGAGCACUAAUUGGGAGAGGGAGCACUAAUUGGGAGAGGGAGCACUAAUUGGGAGAGGGAGCACUAAUUGGGAGAGGGAGCACUAAUUGGGAGAGGGAGCACUAAUUGGGAGAGGGAGCACUAAUUGGGAUCCUUAUAAAGUGCGUUACUUGUAGGCAUGUUUUGUCCAAUUUUCAGCCCCCCCCACCCCCAAAAUUGCUUGCUAUUACAUUUUAUAAAGGAUUUAUACCAAAAACCUUGUUUUUAAGGGUUGUCAAUAAUUGAAGUUUUUUAAAAAAAAGGUUGUAAAAACUAAGCACUGUAUCUAUAAAAUAAAACUUUGACAUAAGCCCAUUAGUGUCACAUAUCUAAUAUUUAGAUAUCAAUUUUGUUUAGUAAAAUAAUGUAUUGUUUUGUUAAAUAUAAAUAACAGGAAGAUAGGAAUGAUGGGAUAGAGGGGUAACAGUCAUGAAUGUUUGGUAGGGAUUCCUAUAUUUGGCACUGGCCAUGUUCAUUUGAGUUAUUAACAGCAUCUUAAUGCUCAUUUUGUGAAACAGAAGAAGUUGUAUGAAGGAUUAUAUUUGACUCUGAUCUACAGAGAUAUUGUUUUAUUGUGUGUCCGUUCAUCAGUCAAUAAAAGUGGUGGUGCUAAUUCCUCUGGUACUUAUUUGGAUAAACAUGGUGGACGUAUGUAAAAUGUGGAUGCACAGUAUAGUAUAAGUGAUAAUUACAACCCUACAAGUAACAACAUCAUAACACAUACAACUGUAUUUAUGAUUCGUUACAAUACCAGUGUAAAGUUUGAUGCCUUUAAUCAUUAGGUUAUUUUGCAGCUACUCAUUUUGUUCAAAUAGAAAUCUACAAUGGGGAAUUGGCUUCACAAAUUAUAAAAAAACAAUGGUUCCAUUAAUAAUGACACUGACUUAAUUUUCUAUAUUUUGUUAAAAUUGUUAACAGAUUGAAUCUCCGCAUUCUACUGCCAUAGCAAACAUAUAUUGUGUAACAAUUUAUUGAAAUAACCUGUCAACUUUACCUUUCUAGUGGCCUGCUAUUACCAUUAUAAUGUCACCUUAGUCUACUUAUGAUAAAUAAAACAAGAUGGUCAACUUAGUCUACCUAUUAUCAAUUUUAAUUCACUAAGUCCAACAGAAAUGUUUUCUUCCUUUUUAAAUUAUGACAAUUAUUGUCUUUCCUGCUACAGUUGUCAUCUGUUGUAUUUUUUUCAGAUUUCAAGUUCCGUUGCUAUACAUGUGGAAAGGGUUUUUCAACUGAGACAUACCUGAAAAUGCAUGCCCGUUUUCACUCUGGCAAGAAUUUCCCUUGCAAAUAUGGAUGUCCUGGUGUUUUCUUUCCUAAUGCAGCCUCUCUUGUCAAGCACUUACGAACUCAGCAUGCUGGCCUUGACCUUAAAGAAUACACAAAGAAUGUUAAAGCUGAAAAAGCACGCAGAAAAAAGAUCAAUCGUGUCUUUGGCAUGUCAGAUGAACAGUUUCCCAACAUAGGCUUGCCAGAAAAGGAGAUUAGGGUAAGUUCUAUGCCAUACAGCCUCAAUCAGCCUGGAAUUGGCUUUCAGGCAAAACGAGUGAAAACAAAGUCACCCUUGACCUCUUCAACACCUCCUGACAUGAAAUCCCUGCAAAGUCUAGUACUUGAAAAACCAAGUGACCAUUUGAUGAUGAAGGAGGAAGUUAAAAAUAUAAUCCCUCAAGCUCCAAAGUUUCAGUUUAAAUGUAAGCUUUGUGACAAAGGCUUCACCACCCACCUUCGCUUACUGCAGCACAGAACUCAGAGGCAUGGGGCCAGCCAAUCCGUCCAGGAAUAUCUCUAUCACAUGUCAAAAGAUGUCAAUGAAGAUGACAGUGCACAUUAUGAUUCAGACCAAUGUGAGUUUUCUCCACCACAAUCUCCAAAGACUUUCUUUGCCAAUGUAAACAGACGUGGCUUUUUUAACAUGAAACAUCACAUAGAUGGGGGCACUGAAUCUUUGCUCAGCUGGAAGAAGCACCUGCAGGUCGAAGGGUUUGUUUCUAUAUCUGAACCCACACUACCUAAGGAAAACACUGAUCCGAAAAUGGAGUGGACCUUUUACAAUUUUCCCCUUUAUUUUCAGUACCAAGCAGAUUGCACUCAGUUUUAUGAGGAAGAGUUGGUUGUGCCCAAGUUAGAACAAAAUGCUCUUAGCCAGCAGCUAGUCAAUGAAGCCGGUGCUCUUGGCCAAAUUGUCCAUGAACCUGGCCAGAGUCAAGAAAUUGAUAGUCUCACAUCCACACAUAAAAGUCAACUAGAGGAGCUAGUGUCAAAGGAUGGCUUUCUGAGUGGUGUCUCAGGACCAGUCACUAUUAAAAUAGAAGCUGAAGAAUGCAGUUUUGGUGUGAAGAGUCAGGAAAGAAGUUCUUACAUCAUAAGUAAAUUAGAACAGCAUUUGCAAGGCUAUUAUGGGCAAGAGCAGUCCAAGGCAACUGAUGAAACCCUAAGCAAGGACUUCGGUUCAAAUAAGUCUGUAUAUGACAAUCACAUAAAAUCUGAAGUUUUUUCAGAAGAUGAAGAUAUAAAUGAUAAAGCUAACAAUCAAAAUUCAUUAGUAACAGACAACUACAGUAUCUCGAAUACCAAAACUAAGGGGUUUAAUGGCAAUGGUAAGGAUUCUAGAAGUAACUGGCCCUUGGGAAUCAACAAGAAAACUACCAAUACUUGUGAAGAAGAUUUGGACAGAGUUGUCCAGAAUAAGGUAAUAAAACUUGAGGAGAAUUGUACUGAUGAUGAUGCUGCAGACCCUUCGGCCUUUAAUGGACUAGACAGUGGAAUCAGCUCCCUGUCUUCAAGUGAAUGUCCUAGUCUUGACUGCUCCCGGCCAGCUACAUGGGACCAAAAGAAUUUGGUUGAUUCCAGAGACCAUAUCUCAGAACCCAAGGAACUAGGUGUUGUUAAAACUGUUACUAAGAUAGGCAAGGAAAUUGAUAAGAAGAAAAAUCUUUCAGCUUUUUCAAUGGCAGAAAAGAUUUCCGCAUUGAAAAGUACAUUUAUGCAGAGCAUAAAUCUUGAGUCUGGACUAAAAACGUCUGCAAAUGUGAACAAUUUGCCUCAGCCAAUUAACAUUGACCAUUCUUUGACUUUAAUACAAGCUUUGAAUUUGCAUAUCACAGGCAGCCAAUUGCCAAUGUCAAAAAUUUUGGCAAUGAUAGAAAAAAAUCAGGACCUCCAUUUUUAUCCAACGGCAGUGACCGGCAGAAACAGAACCGUCUCCUUGUCGUCUUUAGGGCCUGUGUUGCAGAACAAGGAGCCGCAGAGCAAUUUUGAUCCAGUCCUGAAUACAUCAGAUUCAUUAAAGCACGACCACCGCCGCUACUCCAUUUGGAGCGGCCAGGUGCAUCCAAAGGUGUUAAAAGACCCAGAGGAGAACACAUUUUGUUGCCCCGUGGUUGAAACUGUCCGUAAACAAGAGAUGCUGAGGCUUAAAGAACAAUAUGUUUUUGAGAAAGAUACCAGAGAUAAAGAAGUAGAAAGCAAGCAGACUCAAAGUGUACACGCCAAAUUGGAUUUUAUCGAAAAGAUGGGCUUGAUGACCCGUAAAGAAUUUGAGCUCUCCCAUCAUGCAAAGAAACGGGAGGAACACAUCAUUAAACCACCAGAGAUCUGGAGAAAUUAUGAGAACAUUUGGUUUGGUAAGAAAGGAACCAUAACUGUUGUGUGCUCUAUAUGCCAUAGACACUUCAGCUGUUGGGACUUGUGUCUUCGCCACCAACUCAAAAAGCACCCCCACAUCGAACCUGCCUCGUUGGAGAUGGAGAGGGACAAUGAUGUUGAAGAUCUAUACUAUUACUACCCUAUGAGAUAUGGUAUUCUGGCACAAACCCAGCUGAUCCCAGAUGAUCUUCCAUCAAUUGAGGUUUAUGUUUGCACACGGUGUGGGUUUCCGUUCAAGAACAUUAACAGGCUUCAUUCUCACAUCAUUGCAUGCGACCCUGCUCAAGAGGAGGUUGUUUCAAGUCAGAAUGGAAACCAAAAGCUGUCCUACAUGAAGAAGAAAUUGCUUCCUAUGAUGGACAGAAGGCUGCACCAAGACCCAGAUCCUCCAGCUGCUAAAAGUAGAGCUGGUAAAUCUGUAAAAACUUCAAUUCAGUCCGAGUCUAAUCGUCAACAAAGUAAAUUGUCCACACGACAGUCUGGUAAUGUGAUCUGCAGUUUGCCAAAAGCCCCAGUGAAACCAGUGAAAUCUCAACAGAAUCAUGCAAACUUCUCAACAAAUUUCUCAUUCUACUCUGGGAAAAAGCACAAAAAUUAUGAGCUACUCUACAACCCACAAAAUCACACAAGACGGAGGGAGCAGUACAAAGUACUUGAUCAACACCAGUGCCACGGCUGUAACCUGAAGUUCAAAUCUCUGUCCAUGUUGGAGAGACAUGUGAAGAAAUGCAGUGGGCGUGACAAGCUUCAGAGUCAGAAACCCUUGGUCAGCCAGGUCAUGCCCGAUGAUGCUGCCUUGAGGAAACAGCACACAUGUCGCUACUGUAGCAAACGCUUCACUUUCAUCAAAGGUGUUGACCUGCAUUACAAGAGAAUCUGUUCUGUGCGGAAGGUGAAGGAAGAUGAAAACCUGCUGACCAGGGAAGACCUGGCUCAUGAAGAGGAACUGAAGCGAAUCAUUGAGCAUUUGAAGUGGAGCAAAACAUUAAAUAAAGACAGCAGUGACAUCAUUCAAGGCCAUGUCCGAGUUGAGGAAGAUGGUACACUGACAAGGGUGGUAAAGUCACGAGGUGGGGCAAGAAGUUUAAAGAAAAACGUUAAAAAGAAAUCUUCAAAGUGGACUUCCAUGAAGAAGCACGGAAAUGAAGAAGAAUCUUCUUUGUCCUCAUCCAUUUCCAACACAACUCAAAGUUUGUCCAACUCCAUGGAAGAUACGAAAACAAAACCAGAGGCAGUAUUUGCAGAGAGUCUAGAGAAGCUGGGCAAAAGGCUGACAAGGAGUUCCAGCUUGGAGAAGAUUUCACCUAGCUCUGGAAGUGGUCUGAAAAGAAAAUCUUCAGUACCGGUAUCAGUGUUAGAUGGGCUCCCUACUGGUAAGAAAAACAGAAGUCUUUCACAAUCUUCUUCUUAUAGUUCUUUAAAGAAUGAGGAUUACAGUACUGCUACUGAAACCAGGAGUGGCACAUCCAGAAAAAAUGGAGCCACUUCUAAAAAAAGGGGUAAAAGUGCACAGAGAAAUGCUCCAACUCGAAAAGUCAGAGAAACAAAGAAGAAAAUUGAGAAGUCUUCUCAGAAACGAUCCAACUCUAAAGGAGCAGUCCAAGGGGGGCAUGAGAAAUCUCCAGGUAUUCAGUUGCCUGCUCGCAAGAGAGGCAGGCCUCUUAAGUAUGAUCCCAGUGACACUGUUUAUUUAAAGAAAAAGAAGCCAAGAAAUUCGACAAAGCAAAGAGUGACUGGAAAAGAGAAAGGAGAUGAAAAAAAGUCAUUAAGUAGACCAUCAAGAAGUAAAACCACUUCGAGGGUCAGCAAAAAUGAAAUUGUUUGUGAAACCUGGGAAAGUAAGCAGAAAGCAAAGACAUCUUCAAAGACAAAGAAACAGACUGGCAUAAAAAAUAAUCAGCCCAUUGACACAUCAAUGAUGAUUGAGAAGAUGAAACAGCUGAAAGAAGCAGCAAAACUUGAAUCUGAAAACAUCAACAAGACCAAGAGGGCAAACCAAGCCAAAAGAGCAGAGCUGAGAAAAGUGUCUGCUUCCAAGAAAUUGGAGAAAUCAGCUACCCUGGUUGGUGCAGGUCUUGUAUCACGUGACUUGUCCCCAAACAAACAUUCCACAGAGCUUUUCAAACAUCUGACAAAGGGAAACUGCAAGUCCUCAACUGUAAAAGAGAUCCAGUCAAGUAGUACUAAUUCUUUAAAGGAAAAAAGUACCCUGCAGAGUCCAUUAUCAAAGUCAUCAUCCAUUUCAACUUACAAUACCUUAAAGAGAAAAUCAUUAGAACAUGCGUCGAGUGCUGGUACUUCUCAGUCAAAAAAAUGUGCAUCCUCACCUCGCAGUCCAACCGUCCAGAUCCAAUCUAAAUCUUCGGGGAAAUCCAAAAAUUACUCCACUUUGAGGACCAACACAGCAAUUUCUCCAAAAGAAUUGACAAAAACAGAUUCCUCAAAAGUCAUUGAAAAAACUCCAACUCAGCCAGCUCCUGCCAAAUCUUCUAAAUCUUCCUGUUCUGAAGUUUCAAACCCAGUCCAUAAACAGCAACCUGUUUCUGUCCGAGUAGUCACAUUGUCACCAAAUGGAAUGAACCUUCUAACCUAUGACACCCCUCCUGGAGAUUUUAAAAGCUCUGUUGCUAGAAUGUCAUCCUCAUCAAUAAAGCUGUCUCCGGACAUAUCUUCUAUACAGCAAACAAAAAAGGUAUCGACAUUGCGAAUUCACAAGGAGCCCAUACAAAUUCUUGGGAAAUCCCCAGUGCCGCUUGUUGGCAAGGGGCCUCAAAGCCAGAAUCCAGAGCAGACACUACAGUCAAUGGAAAAAAACCAGGGCACAAAUUUUGUUAUUCAGAAACCCAACCAGGUGAUUCAAAAACCUAAUCAAGUCAUUCAGGUUCCAGGUCUCAAGAUGAGCACAACAGGAAAUCACAUAGUUUACAAAUGUACUGAAAGCCCAGCAGAUAAGGCCAAAGAUUUGAUGGUUGAUCCUAAGCCUGGGAACCAGAUGAUACUUAAGUGCACAGAUGGACGUCUGAUGCAUGUGGUUUCGGAUGAGGACAUGUGCACAUAUGAAGACAGUGAUGACUUGCUUGCAUCAGUGGAGAAGCAGAGACUGAGUGCUCCAGUGGCCACGACACCUGAAUCACCAUCAGCAUUAAUGGCUGUAGUAAGCACGCCAAAGUCCUCUGCAUGUCACGCUGUUCAAAAGCAAGGUGGUGUGAUGAAUAUUUGUACCAAACCAAGUCCUUCCAUACUCAUCUCUCAUGCUCUUACAAGCCAAGGAGAGCAAAUGAAAGGAGGGUUUAUCAAACAAGUGCAGGUGGUGAAAGAUGCAGGUGAGAGUGAAAAGGUUCAUUUUAUCAGCCCAUCAGUUAUUUCUCAAGCUGCUGUUGCAUCAAAUGUCCAAAUGUGUGGUCCCAUUCUAACACCAGGGAAUGUUUCCACUGUUCUUGCUGCUCCACAAGUGACAAAGCAGACCACAGCAUCUUUAGUGUUGCCAGUUUCUGCAAAAGGUUCAAAAUUUUAUACUCCUUCUACAAGAUUUGGUUUACCAAGUCCAGAGUUACCAAACAUUGUCCAUGGAGGUAUAGUUCCGACAGGCACUAAAGUUCUAAAACUAGGAAAUAUAAUUAGUGCUGGGGCAUCAAUGACUCGACCAUUAACAGAGAAUGUUGUUUCUCAGGUAGGGAAAAAUACAGGCCUGCCAACAAUAGUCACAGAAAGGUCCAAUCUUCUCAAUCCUCGCCAGGUGCAGCGAGUUGCCACUCCGGUUAUUCGCCAACAACCCCCAUUUACUCAAAAAACGACUGGCUGCACUCCAAGAUCCCAAGUUAUUACCUUUGGUAGAUCAGCCCAAACGAGCAAUGUUCAAACCGUGUUAAUCCAACAUUCUCCCAAUUCUUUGUCUCAGCCUGUCCAAAUUCAGCAGCCGACUCCAAGAAACAUUCUCACACUCCCUGCAUCCUCAAACAUAGUUCCAAGUGGUCAAGUGUAUCCAUCGAGUACCAGCAAAGUUGUGACCAAUCGACAACCUCGAAAUGUUCAGCGGCCAAGCUCGCUGCUAUCAAACCAAAUCAUGAUAAGCCUUGAUGAUGGAACUACAGCCAUGCUGGAUCCUGAUUCCUUGGCUCAGUUCUUAUCCAUGUCACCAUCUCUCAAUAAGAAUGAGAUGGAAUCAAUCACUGGUGCCAACACUGCCACCACAGACCCAGAGCAUGUUAUGGUCAACAUGGCAGAAAUUCAACCCAGUUGUCAUGUCGAUGAAAUCACCUGGCCCUCUAAUGGCUCUGUAGAUUUGACUGAUUUGCCAGACUGCACCAGCGACUUUUAAUAAAACUUUUAGCACUAUAAAAUAUCAUAACUCGGUUUUCAUACCAAAAUAUGUUAAUUUGGGAAAUUUUAAUGAAAAAUACUGUUUCAAGUGAGCUUCAAGUGAUAGGCUGUCAUUUAGGAAAUGCACAACAUAGCGAUGAGCCAAACCUCUGUUGUGUGUGGCAAACAGAAGGGCUGAAGCUGGUAACCUCUUAAAGCUAGUCAUAACAGUUACAAAAUGAUAACUUUCAAUUAGAGAUGAUACAAUCAUCUGUUGACAUUUUCUUAACUGAUGACUAGGUGAAUUUAGUAAUUUCUUUUCAUUGAGUUCUACUUCUACUUCUAGUAACUGCUAGUAAAUAAUUCUGAAUUUGUUAAUGAACGGCUAAGUAAGUUUUUCUAAUUCAUAGUUCACACUGCUUUGUUUGUUUCUUUCUUUAUUAAGUUUAAUUUUUUUUUUACAAUUGCAUGUCCCAUGGUAUACCUGGUACUUUCAAUGAUAAUAGAUAUAGCUUCUGCUACAUCUUUUACUAAUUAGAAGUAACAUUUUAUGUUAAGUCUUUUUAUUAAUUUUGUGUGUGUUUGUGUCAAUGAGGAGGUGGCCAAAGAUCACUUUCCUGAAAAUAGAGUGCAAUU